AUGGAAAGAUUCAGAAGCAAUUCGGACCUGUAUAGAUCACGAUCUAAUACAAAUGGGACAUCAAAUGUUCCGAAAAGACAGAACCUUGUACUUUCUACCUCAUUUGUUUCAACAAGAAGGUUCGAUGAUGGGGUACCAGUUCCAACUAGUCCGCUUCUCACCAAGCAUAGAAGCUCUACGAUCAAUACGUUGAAAUCCGAGAUUACUCAAUUAGAACAAGAGAUUGACCGUCAAAGGAAACGGAAAGUGGACCAUGCGAGAUUAAAGAAAUCGUCUAAUUCUAAUGACAUAUACGUGGAUAAAUACUCCACUAAUCAUUUAGAGAAUCAUUCGAUGAGACUUAGAGCCAACAGUGAAAUUAGAGAUAUAGAAAUCAACAUAAAAAGGUUGCAAGAGCAGUUAAAGUUAACAAAACUGAAAUUGAAAAGGUCCGAGGCUGGAGCUGGUGAUUUAAUAACACCAUCGAAGCCGAUACAAAAUAUAAAUGCACAAUCGAAUGAAAGUAUUUCGGAAGGCCGAGAUAGUGAUUCAGAUGAGCAAGAAUCUGAGGAAAUAGGUCAUCGGUUAACUCCAACAAAAAGCAUACCGACGUUGGUGUUUCAGUCUGAUGAUAUGGAUCACUCUUCAGAGCAUUUAUCUAUGAACAUGCUUUACGAAUCACCAACGAAGGAAACCGCUACAUGGCUCAUAUCUGAUCAUUUACAAAGCUUACAGGAUAUCAACGCUUCAGUGGACUUCAUUUUACAGAAAGCAAAUGGCUUGGUUAUCUUACUACACAAGAAUCCAGAAAUAAAAGAAGAUCUCGUCAUAACAGCAUUUGCUUCAACGAUACAAAAUUUAUUGUUGAAUAGCAACCAAAAAAUUCGUUCUGCCGGAUACAGAAUUGUAAGAUACCUUAUAUUGAAUGAGAACACUAUAGAUUUUAUGACAAAAUUGCACAUAGAUGUUUUUAUUACAAUGUCCCUUGGUAAAGAUAAAGCCCAUCAAGAAGAACGCGAACAAGCGCUCAAACUUACUAGGAGGUUCAUUGAUUUCAAUGCUUAUGGUAUAAAUAAAUCGAUUACACAAGCAGUUGUAAGUUGCGUGGAGCUACAAGAUGAUGCACUACGGAUUGUUGCAUUUGAAACCCUUAUAGAAUUGACCUUCAUUAAACCAGAACUAAUAGACGAAUGUCGGGCAUUUCCAAUAAUUCAGGCUUUCAUUCUAGAUCCAAAUACAAAAAAUGAGGAGUUGGCUAUCAGUUCCAUGAUCGAGAUGCUAUCAUAUCCGCAAAUAAGACCCUACUUUAUCAAAAACUUCCAUACAGGAAAUCUUCUCAGCGGAUUCUCAGAUUAUCAAACAAAACUUACUGGCAGCUUAGAUAAAGUUCAAAGAUCAGUCAGAGUGAUAGUUCGAAUAUUACAGGAUUUUAAUGGUUUACUUUUAUUCGCUUUGAACGAUUGCCAACUACUAAAGCAAUUAAUUGCCUUUGCGCAAUCACCAUCUCUAUUCAAAUACAUUAUGAACAUAUUUAUGAUAUCUUUGCGAAUUAAAAGAAACAUACCGGAGAAAAUUGACUGCUCACAAAUAGACCAAUACGUUUAUCUCUUAAUAUCCAUGAUGAACAAUGCUGAUUUUGUUAACAAGAUUAUGAAAUAUUCGCUAGCAGCCUUACCAAAAUUAGAUUCAAGCACUAGGGAUAAUACUAGACUUAUACUUGCCAAAAACUUUGACGCCUCAAUGCACUUAACGACAGUGAUAACAAAGUUCAAUAACUUAAAAUUUCCUGAGAAGCUUGACCAAUAUAAGCUAUUCCAUGAGACUUUUGUUUUCAACAAUGCCGUUUAUUCUACCAGAAGUAAACUCGCUACAACUAACACACAAAAGAUGAUGCUUAAAUCUGCAGGAGUUAUGCAAUUGAAUUCUUCAAAGAAAAACAUAGAUGAUGUUGGUUUCAAAAAGAUGGUUUUUGAUUCAAAAGUACUUCAAACCAAGAAUUUCAGUUUUUGGAACUGGCAAGUAAUAGGAGAAUUAUGCAAGAGUCCAUUGAUGAACAAAAAGAGACUAGAUGAAUUAGCAAAAAGCACUAGAUUCGUUCGUAGAAUGUUGGUGUUCUAUCGUCCUUUUCGAUUUAGAUUUACUAGUGUUUCUUUGAAGGAUCCUAUGGCUAACACUUAUGUAGAAGUGGGUUGUCUUUUCUUCCGCAUGUUACUAUCUAGUAACGUCGGCACCAAAAUUCUGGCUGAUGACACCAAGUUGAUACCUCAAAUCGCAUCUGUGCUAUAUAACAACAUUCAAGGCCAUUUUGUUAGUGAUAUGCUAUUUACUGAGAACGCAUUGAACGAAAAGCUUUGUAGUGGUUAUUUUAAGAUAAUUUUCGGGGUUUUCACAGAAAAUUCCAGUGGUAUGUCGUUCCUUGAGAAAUGGAAUGUAUUCACUGUCAUCAACAACAUGUUUUCGAAGAAAUCUAGCAUUUCUAUCAAAUAUCUAAUGUUAGCACUUCCGGAAUUGAACUUCCGAUUUUCAAGAUGUAAGAUGUUCCUAAACAAGGCCCUACUAGAUGAUAGGGAAGCCAUUAGGAUUUUGGCAACAGAGACAUUAGGAGAGAAAUUACAGAGUUUAGAAGAAGAUGAGGUUAAACUAGAGGCGUAUUUUAUUCAACUGACUUGUAGGCAAUUGUAUGAUUUGGCUCCGACCGUUGUUGCCAUUGCGGAUAAAAUAUUGUACGAUUAUUGUUCUACGAACGUACAUCCAACUAAGAUUCUCCAAUCUUCUAUAAAAAACUGCCUAGACCAGUUAAUAUUUAUCGGUUCCCCAACUUUGUUAAAACUUAUGGAAACAAGUGAAGGGUUUCAGCAGUUGAGAGGAUUAAACUAUACCAAUAAGGAAAGAAUAAAUUGGAAAACAUUCAAAAACAGGGAAUUCGUCUUCAAAGUGGAGCAAUUCCUAGAGCAAGAAAUAUCAAAGCCGGAAAGCACUUCAAAACGCAGCUUCCCCCUACACUUUUACCAAUACCUUUGCAAGUCAGAGGAAGGUGCCAAUCUUUUGAGUAAAUCCGAUGAUAUAAAAGAUUUUGUCACGGUGAUUAAGAAGCAUAUCAUUAAUGAACAAACGGAUAACGAUCCACCACAUAGCGAAGAAGGAAUAAUUAAAUUGACAAGUUGUAUGUGGGCUUGUGGAUUCAUUGGUGCAACCGAUUACGGUAUCAAUCUACUUGAUAAGUAUUCAUUUGUGCAGGAUAUCGUUGAAUUGGCCAACGAAAGUCAAUAUACAAGUAUUAAGAACACUGCAUUUUACGUAUUGGGACUAGUUUCAUAUACCAUGGAGGGGCGGGAAAUGCUUGAAGAAGUCGGCUGGGAAUCAAUAAUGGACACUCGAGGUAUGCCAAUUGGUGUAUGUGUCCCAAAAAAUGCCGAUACAUUGUUGCAUUGGUCUGACCUUGGGCCUAUCAAAAUACCACCAGGAGACAUUCAGAUUGAAUGGGAUGAAGUGAAUGAACACAAUCAGAACGCGGCGUCUAUAUGUAACAAUGAACUGAAUUCGAACAUUAUAGUUGGGGACCAUGAGAUCCCUUUAGACAACUUAUUGGAAUGGGAAAGAUCCGAGACGUCUGUGAAUCCCGACCAGCAGGAAGAGGACAAACAAGAAUUGGAACGAGCGAUCCGAGAGAUAUCCCAAACAAAUGAGUCGAAACUGCCAGAUGUGUUUGAAGAUGACAAGAUCAACAAUAGGAUCCUAAGGAUAGUAAGCGAUAUGGGCAACAAUAUCCUUCUGAAUGGUGCGAUCAAAGAGAUAACUGCUCUCCAGUCCAAGUAUGGGCCUAGUAGAUUCCAAAGCCCAGAAAUGUUUGAACAAGUUUAUGAAUUAUUGGGAGAGUACCGAUUCAAACCCUCAGUUCGAAAAUUUUUGUUGGAACUGUUCAUCAACACACGAGCCGUUGAGAACAUGAUACGGAACGAGAGGAGAAGAAAAAGAUAA